CAGUGAAUCACCUAGUUUACUAUUUAACAAACAGGGGGAUCUAAAUUUUGUUAUUCAUGUCUAACGGUUGACAGGAGUGACACUAGAAAUUUCAUAAUGGCGUUUGGAAUAUUUAACAUAUCACCAAGGCCAUUGCGGAAAAAGAAACAAAGCUCAGUAUUGGAGCGUAAAUUUUUUUUAAUCGUAAGUAUUGGACUGGUUUCUUCAAUUUUGCCGAUUAAUACUUUAGCGGCUGUUGUCGACACUACACAAAGCGAUGUGGCGGCAAAUAAAUGUACAGAUAACACAUGUGCUGUAGAACAAUCAGAAGCUGCCACACGAAUCUCAAAAUACCGCGAUGCCAAUAUUAAGCCCUGUGAUAAUUUUCUUCGAUUUGUUUGCGGUAACUACAAAAAUGCUGAUAAAUCUAACGAUUUCGAUCAUCUUAAAUCACAAAAACAUGAUUAUCUUGAACAGUUGAUCCGAAAAGGAAUCUCUUCAGACUUCAAACCCUACAAACUUAUCGACGACAUUUACAAAUCAUGCAUCGAUGACAAUGCCAAAGGGCCACAAGCUCUAGAUCUUUUAAAACGUACCAUGGAAAAAUUAGGCAAUUGGCCUAUUUUAGAAGCUAACUGGAAGGAGUCCACUUUCAACUGGAUUGAUUUUACCGGUGAUGCUAAAAAAAAUGGUUACAAUAUCAAUUAUUUCUUAGAUUGGACACCAAAAUCUAUAUAUAGUGGUUCACGUAGAAGUUUAAGAUAUUCUGUUACGAUGGCUGAUACUCAUUUCGAUCCCUCUAUGCCCGAGAAAACUACCUCACAAAAACGAGCUUAUUCUGAUUACAUGGUAAAAGUAGCACGACUCCUUGGAGCGAAUGGUGGUGACUUGGCAAAGGACAUGAAAGACGCAUACGAUUUUGAAGAACAGUUAUCAAAAAUAAACGUCGGGGACCAUCCUUAUCAGACAGCUAAUUUCACUAUUGCAGAGUUUCAGAAGCAAUGGCCGAGCAUUGAGUGGAAGCGAUUUGUUGAUAAAACCCUUAUUCCCUUUGUGGAUGCUAAUGAAAAGCCUAUUUUAACUGUUUGGAACUCUACCACUUUAACUGAACUCACACAACUAAUGAAAAAAACCUCAAAACGCGUGCAAGCGAACUACGCCAUUUGGAAAAUGGUUCAAUACUCAGCUCCUUAUUUGACUGAAGAAUUUAGGGAAGCGCAGAAAACGUUCCAUAAACAAGUAGGUUAUCAGGAAAAGCCACGAGAAGAAUAUUGCUCUAGAAUGGCUAAAAAAUACGCCGAAUAUGCUGCUCAAUAUUGUUAUUUGGAUCAGCACAAAACUAGUCAGGAACACAUUAAAAAUAUAGUAAUGGUUAUUAAAAAUGAAAUGAUAAAAAUCAUAAAAGAUUCUACACAAUUGAACGAUAAAGAUAAAAAUGAAAGAAUAAGCACUAUUACACAAAUGCCACUCACUAUCGGGCCGUCGGAAAUAUUGUCUGACCCAAACGAACUGGAAAAAUUCUACGCAAAUGCACAAGUUGUCCAAGAUAACUUUUUGCAGACAAUCUUGAACAUGAAUUUAUUCAAAAUGAAAAAUGAAUUCAGCAUCAAAACACAAUCAGAAAUCGCUCCUGGUAACUCAAGACUCCCGGAAAUAUUCACUGGUCGUUUCCAUAUUCCGACUUCAAUGAUUCAUAACCCGUUAUUCAACCAGGAUCAUCCAAUGUACAUACUCUACGGUCUACAUAUGCCCUACAUCGCAGUUCAUAUGGUUCACACUCUAACUAAUGUGGAUAGAAAUUCGACGGAUGAUGGAAUACUACCUCCAAAUGAGCGACUCGAUUGUUUCCGUCAUCUACAUGAGGAUUUACCCGACAUGAUAAAGGAAAAAGGACUACAUCGUAAUAAAUUAGAUGAUAUGAUCUUCCUAUACAUCGGACUUCGUACAUCUCGAAAUUCUUAUCAGACAUUCAUCGGCAAGCAUGGCAUAGAAAAACCUCUUCCAGGACUACCAUAUCCCCCGGAGCAAUUAUUUUGGAUAUCUUUUGCACAAUCUUUUUGCCCUGAGUACACAAGCUUGGCUGAACACCGUAGUAUUAAUAAUAAUCAGUUCAAUCUUCUUGAAUACUUAUUGAUGGAAUUACUGUCAAAUAUACCUGAAAUUUCUUCAGAUUUCCAGUGCCCCAUUGGUUCUAAUUUGAAUCCCGCAAAGAAAUGCACUUGGUAGUAAUUUGAAUAAAUUGUUUUGAUGACAUUUUUUGAUCAAUAUGAGCCUUGUAUUACUAAUUUAGUUUCAGUAAUAACUAGGGCCAGGAUUUUUGCGUUAAUUAAAAAAUAAUUAGUAAUUAGUGGUGUGAAAUUUUUAGUAUUACGGGAAAAUAUUGGUCUUAUUAGAAAAUUUUUAAAACAAAAGUUGUAGGAAAUUUAAUUUUCUAAAAAAAAUGUUUCUUAUAAUUUUUUCUUAGGACUAACAAGAAAGCAGUAAUUUCAAAAUUAAGAUUUUCAUCAUUCCCCAAAUUUUGAAUCAAUCAUUAUGAAUCUUAAUUUUUACAUUACGGGGAAAAUAUUGGUCUUAUUAGAAAAUUUUUGAAACAAAAGUUGUAGGAAAUUUAAUUUUCUAAAAAAAAUGUUUCUUAUAAUUUUUUCUUAGAACUAAUAAGAAAGCCGUAAUUUCAAAAUUAAGAUUUUCAUAAUUCCCCAAAGUUUGAAUUAUUCAUUAUGAAUCUUAAUUUUCAAUUUACGGUGAAAAUAUUGAUCGUAUAAAAAAAUCAUAGAAAACAUUUUUUCUAGAAAAUCAAAUUUCCUACAACUUUUGUUCGAAAACUUUUUUAAUAAGACCAAUAUUUUUGCCGUAAUAUCAAAAAUUUGAACUACUCAUUUCAAAAAUGAGGCAGAAAUCUUGUCCCUAGUAAUGAGUAAGUGAUUAUUAUGCGUUUUAUAUCAAAUUCAAAGAUUUAUAAUAGAUGUAAAUCAGUUAAGUAGAAAAAACCAUAUUGCGUAAAUACUCUCAUACAAAAAAACAAAAAUAUAUAAAUUGUAUAUAACAUGAGAUAAUUGAAGAGUAAAUCUAAACAAUUCUAUGAAGACAAUUUUUUAAUGAAUUUAAUAAAAUUUGUAUACCUUGAAUCCAGAAAUAUGUAAAUAAUUACCCAUGUAAAAUUUUUUUGUUUUUAUCAUGAAUUUAUAAAAUUGUUAUUUUGACGCGAAUAUGACUUUUCCUAGUGGCAUUCUUAGGGAAGCUUCCGAUAAAUCUGUAGCUUAAUUCGUGGCAAGUUUACAUGAUCACACUUGAACAAGUCAAAAGUAAGAUAUCUCUGCAAGAUAUCUUAAGCGAAUCUGUUGGAAGGCUUGGCUGAAAUACUUGCGUGAGGCCCACCCAGUCAGACUUGCAAACAUAUUGAUUAAGAUGCUUGCAGAUGGCAUUAUUUUAAGGAAAUGGUUCGUCUGACGAAAAAUUUCAAUUCGACCUUUUUUCUCGUGCAUUCAAUUUCCUACGAGAAAUAUAUGCAAAUUAAUUUCGUUUAUCUCGAUGGCUUAGGAGAUAUAAAAUGAAAACUCGUUCAGUAAAAAAAAUAAAAAAUUGCGAUGAUAGACCUCUUAAUAUCAAUAUGAAGGGUUAAAAUUUUCACAAUAAUAUUUCUUGUUAUCCCAAAUAAUAAAUUCGA